CCGCGUGAUCUACGAGCAGCCCCGGUGGGAUACAGCCCACAUGCAGCAGCUAGUAUGCCACCAUGACGCUGGUGUAUUAACCCUUUGGCGCAAAUUGAUAGCGAUUUCUGUACUGUGACCCCCCGUGCCCACACCCCUUUAAGAGACGUGGUGAUGCGACGUGUGUCACCCAACCCUGUCCGAGAAGCUGCCGAGAGGAGAGUCUGGAUGGACUUGUAGACAGGUCAAAUAAAUAAACAAACCACAGGGGGAAGGGGAAAAGGAAAUUCCCUCCUCGCUUUUCCUGUUCCCGAGCCUCUUGCGCUGCGCAGUGUUGGCGACGGGAAGCGGUGCGCAAUUUUCUAUCUGAGGAAAGGACCACAGCCUGAAACGGCAUUUCCGAACCGAGACUGACGGAUCAAAGAGGAAAGAAAAGCCGCAAUCUGACGACCUGCUUUGCACUGCGGGUUCUUCGUUUAUUCAAAAGCUUUUUUUUUUUAAUGCAACAACGAAGGAGGGAAAGGGAGCCAAAACCGGUGUUCCCCCCAACAGGGACAUUUGACCGACUUAUGCAGCGCUGAUUUAUAUACCUUAUUUUUCAGAAACACUGUUCUACGAUUAGACGAGUCUAUUCCAUUGCUGGAAUAAAUUUCACCGGGUUGAGAAAAUAGCUUUCGUCGCCAGCUUGUUACAUAACCGAGUGGCUUUAGCUCUCCAAGGUGCUGAACUGAACGCUCGGAGCCUAUAACAGAACGAGCCGCCGGGAAUUCACAACCUUGCGUCGCAGGCCUAUAUUAUCUAGGAGAGGGACGCACUCAUCUCACUGAACCGCAGGGAAGAAGCUGGGUUGUAUUCGUAUUUUUCCCCCCUCCCCCUCACCGUCCUGUGGUGAAAUAAAUUCCUGAGGAGGUCGAAACAACUAGGAGAAAAUGUCGGGGCAAACGCUCACGGAUCGCAUUGCCGCUGCGCAGUACCAGCUAACGGGAUCGGAUAUGGCCCGGGCUGUCUGCAAAGCCACCACUCACGAAGUGAUGGCGCCCAAGAAAAAGCACCUGGAAUACCUGGUGUCAGCCACCAAUACCACCAACGUGAACAUCCCUCAGAUGGCUGACACACUGUUUGAGCGAUCCACCAACGCCAGCUGGGUGGUCGUCUUCAAGGCCCUCGUCACCACACACCACAUGUGUGUCUAUGGCAAUGAGAGGUUCAUUCAGUACUUGGCAUCCAGGACAUCCUUGUUCAACCUCAGCAACUUUAUUGACAAAACCGGAUCUCAUGGCUAUGACAUGUCUACAUUCAUCAGGCGGUAUGGACGAUACCUGAAUGAGAAAGCCUUCGCUUACCGCCAGAUGGCAUUUGACUUCACCAGAGUCAAGAAAGGCGCUGAUGGAGUGAUGAGAACCAUGACCACUGAGAAGCUGCUGAAAGGCAUGCCUGUUCUGCAGACACAGAUUGACACACUCCUGGAGUUUGAUGUUCAUCCCAAGGAGCUGAACAAUGGGAUCAUCAAUGCUGCAUUUCUGCUUCUCUUCAAGGACUUGGUGAAACUGUUUGCAUCCUACAAUGAUGGGAUCAUCAACCUAUUAGAGAAAUUCUUCAAAAUGAAGAAGAGUGAAUGCAAGGAGGCCUUGGAGAUCUACAAGCGUUUCCUGACCAGGGUGACAAAGAUUGGAGAAUUCAUGAAGCUGGCUGAGACAGUUGGAGUUGACAAAAAUGACAUUCCCGACAUCAACUAUGCUCCCAGCAGUAUCCUAGAAUCUCUGGAAACCCACAUGAAUGGCCUGGAGGAUAUAAAAGGUGGAAAGAAGGGUGAAGGGUCUCCAACAAAGGGAUCUCCUACAAACAAUGUGUCUCCAACGUCAACUCCAGCCAAAUCUUCAAAUGCUGUUCCCACAUUGCAGCCUCCUCCUGGGGACAGUGCUGGCAGCGCUGCUGCUUCAGCUGCUCCUGAACCGGCCGAAGAUUCAUUGCUAGAUCUGGAUCCACUGGCCUCUACUGGCCCUUCAGCACCAUCAGCUGCCCCCACAUCUUGGGGAGAUCUUCUUGGAUCAGAAAUGGGCGAUUCCUUGCUAUCUGAACCCACCCUCGCGGCUGAGCCCACCCCCUCCCUUGCAGCGGCAUCGCCCACUCCUGCAGCAGCAGAACCUGGAGUCUCUCUAGCUCCUCCCACUAGCACAGCAGCUGCCACCUCCCCUGGCGCCGCCAAUGUGGAUCUGUUGGGAGAAGCCUUCGCAAGUCCUGCUCCUGCCGCUGAGGCCUCCGCAGGAGCAGCUGAAGGUGGGGCUGCUGCUACAUCCACCCCAGCUGCCAACGCUGGAACUGCGGAUGUGUUCAGCUCCUCUGCCCCCAUCCUCUCCUCAGCACCCCCAUCCAAAAUUGACACAGGAGCCAUCAUGAAUCUGUUUGGUGGUGGGUAACUCACAUGACCGCCUCCCCUCACUCUGCCUCUCUUGUUCACGCUGAGGAAGCGAAGGACAUAAAAUGAAACAAGUGAUUUUGAAACCAUCAGGUUUUCUCCUUUAUGAUCAUAGCUAUUGCGAUUGUUGCUGCUGUAUAUUUUGUUUUUGCUAUUCAUGUGGGUGGAUACAUUAUUGGAGAUUCGCACACAGAUAGCUGAGAUGAGUCAAAGUAUUUAUCAACUGCUAAUAAUGACUCUGGCUCAAGAUUUUCUUCCUUUUAAACUAAAAGUGGCUACACUACUUCAGCACAAUUAUACUUGCUCUCAUUUAUCCUCUAGAAAAAUAGGAUUAUGAGCCCAAAUCUAACAACUAAAAUUCCUUGCUGUGCAUAUCUGAGUGUUACAUGUGAAAAGGCCAUUUUUAUAAGCAGUAUGUGUGUGUGAUGUUUUCAUUUUCUGAAAUCGAAAAUCCUGCGCUCAUGCUUUCAAGCCCUCUUUUCUAACUCUAAGCAUUUUGUCUGACAUUAAUAGUGUGAAGCUGAAGGCUGAUUGUUCCCCUUCUUUGCCUUAAUGCUGCGAUGGAAAUGGCUCGACCCACUGCGACCCUGUCAUGGAAUGAAUGGUGGACUGUGUUUAUGUUUUUUGGUUGACC